AUGACGGACACGAUGGGUUUCGUUCCCUCGGCUGCCCUGCUAGUGGUUCCGGAUAACCGAGGCCAAUUGGCAGACAACUAUGAGGUCGAGCCGGUGGCGCUUGGCAAAGGUGGCUUCGCAGAAGUCCGUCGCGCCACAGUGCGUGCAACUGGAGCCAAGCGAGCUGUGAAACUAAUUUCCAAGUCAGACAAAAACAAUCCCGGGCUGUUGAAAGCGGAGAUUGAAGUCAUGAAGAUGCUAGACCACCCAAAUGUGGUCACCCUUUUCGAAAUCUUCGAAGAUUCAGAUACGCUUUCUCUCGUGUUGGAGCUUUGCAGCGGUGGCGAGCUCGAAGGCUACGUGGAGAAACACGGCAACUUGAAAGAGCCGGAGGCAGCACUGGCUACCAAGCAUGUGAUGUCGGCGGUGCGCUACCUGCACAGCAAAGGAAUCGUGCACAGGGACAUCAAAGCUCCGAACUGUUUGCUGCUGCUUCCAACGGGCCUAGAUGCUCGCCAAGCUGUCAAGCUUAGUGACUAUGGCUUGUCAUGCCACUUCCAGAAGGGCGUGGCUCUAGCGCAGAGGUGUGGCACGCCAAGUCAUAUGGCACCGGAGAUUUUCACGCGGAACUACACCGAGUCUGUUGACAUUUGGAGCGUCGGGGUCAUGCUUUACUGGAUGAUGUCUCGACGACUGCCAUUCGGACAGGCCGGACCCAAUGAGGAAAAUGCAAAAGCUCGUCUGCAGUUUUCGUCCAGUGCCUGGGUCAACGCCGGCCAGGAUGUGGUGAACAUCGUUACCUCGAUGCUGCACAAAGAUCCUGCUUCUCGCUUGGACUGCAAGAAGGUGCUGGAGCACCCUUUCAUUACCAAGAUUGCGCCAAAACUACCCGUGGGCGUGAUCGAAGACAAGCAUAUUGAAGGCUUGAAGAAUUACAGAUCUCUGAACAAGUUCAAACGAGCGUGUUUGAACAUGACAGCAUGCAUGCUGGGGGAGGCAGAGGUUGGACCAAGCAGGCAGCUCUUCUUGGCGCUAGACGAAGACUGCAACGGCUUCGUGUCCAUGUCAGAGCUGGUGGCUCUGUCAAAGGCUGCUGCGAAUGUAACGAAGAGCUCGAAGUCCAUCAAGAAAAAAGAUGCGAUAAAGAUCUUCAAAGCGGAUGGCCACGAAGAAGCUAUCCAGGACUUUACUUUCACAGAGUUCAUCGCGGCAACCUUCAAUCGCAAAAAAUGCCUCACCGAAAAGGUUGGCCGGGUCAUCUUUAACAGUUUCGACAAAAAUGGCGACGGCUGCAUUCAGCUGAGCGAGCUGGCAGAAGGAAGAUUGCUGGGUCAUCUUAAGGCUGCCGAGCUGGUUCAGACGUUGAAGGAUCUUGAUCUCAAUGGAGAUGCAGAGAUCGAUUUCAAGGAGUUUAUGGCAAUGUGCCGAGAGUGA